AGGUGCUCGAGCCGCCAGCCCUCCGAAAGCCUCCCCCGCCGGAGACCCGCAAAGGACGGACCAACUCACCACAGCAGUGAGCGGCAAGCGGUCCCUCCCCACGCUGCCGGGAUGGAGAGUCGGCAGCACAACGCCACCAAGGAGCCUGAGAUCGAGCUGUUUGUGAAGGCUGGUCUGGAUGGAGAAAACAUCGGAAACUGCCCCUUCUGCCAGCGCCUCUUCAUGGUGCUGUGGCUCAAAGGGGUCAAGUUCAACGUCACCACGGUGGACAUGACCAGGAAACCUGAAGAGUUGAAAGAUUUAGCGCCGGGCACCAACCCACCCUUCUUGCUGUUCAACAAGGAGCUGAAAACAGACUUCAUUAAGAUCGAGGAGUUCCUGGAGCAGACCCUGGGCCCACCCACGUAUCCGCACCUGAGCCCCAAGUACAAGGAGUCCUUCGACGUGGGGAGCGACAUCUUUGCCAAGUUCUCGGCGUACAUCAAGAACCCACGCAAGGAAGCAAAUAUCAAUUUCGAGAAGGCCCUGCUGCGGGAGUUUCAGCGGCUGGAUGUCUACCUAAACACUCCUCUCCCCGAAGAGAUUGACCAGGACAGUGUGGAGGACAUCACCGUCUCCAAGAGGAAAUUCCUGGAUGGAGACCACCUGACGUUGGCUGAUUGCAACCUCCUGCCCAAACUGCAUAUCAUCAAGAUUGCAGCCAAAAAGUAUCGCGACUUCGAGAUCCCAGCGGACAUGACGGGCGUCUGGCGCUACCUCAACAACGCCUACGCCUGCGAUGAGUUCAGCCACACGUGUCCCGCGGACGAGGAGAUAGAGCACACCUAUGCCAGCGUCGCCAGGAAGAUGACCUAACCCCACCGCGGGGUGCGCCGGCAGCACUGCCCCGGCCGAGCCCUCCACCUCCGCAGUCCUGACACAACCGAACCCUGGCCGAGGGAGGGACUGGAGGGGGUUUACGGCAUUGCUACCCCCCGCCUUUCAGAAAUAGCGCCUUGCUUCACAGCCCCCCGCCGCUCCCUCCUCCUCCUCCUCCGCCGGCUGGCUGCAGCCCCCGUGCGCCGUCAGUGCUGACUGCGUGUACGGACCGGUCCCUGCGUGGCUGCAGUGGCAACUGCAUCCCUCCUCCCCGAAAACGGGUCUCACGGCCUGUGACCAUGUGUCAUGGGAAAAGCCGAGCGCUAGCCUACUGCUGCGGCACUUUGGUGGAAGAGAUGAGACCCCCCAAACGGCUGGGCCAGCCCUGCCUCCCCAUCCACUGCCGGAGCAGCUCUGCCAGCCCCAUGUGGUCCCAGCCAUCCCGUAUGCUCGGGAAGAGACAUCCCAGGAUCCCAGCACAUCGCCUGGGCUGGAGCUAUUUGAAUUUGGUCGCCCUUCUGCACAGCACCCCGCAGCCUGCGUUUGGGCAAGCCCUCUCUUCCACCAAGGCAUCAAGGCUCCAUCUGAAGACACCAAAAGGCUCUGCCCCCGGUAGUUUAUUGCAGUGACAAAUUGUUCUCACUGCUAGAGAGUUGUAACCUGCAUCUAACUCCCCAUUAGGACAUGGGGACAGGAAGAUGCUGGGCACGAUGCCUGGCACGAAAGUGC